AUGGCCUCCGUGGCUACUGCCGCCCCCUCCAUCGCCAGCGCUGGGCCUGGCGGAAGCAACGUCUACGCCGCGGCGGGCGACUCGCUACCCGCUGGCGGGUCGGGCGUUGCAGCUCCCAGCGGCGCGGCGGCGACCAACGCGACCGUCCCGGCCUCAUCCGGCAACACGACGGUCGUUGCCAACACUGCCUCUGCCGGACGACCUGUCUUCGCGCACUACAUGGUCGGCUUGACGAGCAAGUUUGACCAGGCUGCGUGGGAGAAGGAGAUGACCAUCGCCAAGUCCAAGGGCAUCGACGGCUUCGCACUCAACAUCGGCAAGGACCCAUACAACAACCCCCAGCUCACCAACGCGUACUCGGCCGCGCAGGCCGUUGGCUUCAAGGUGUUCAUCUCCGUCGACUUCAACUGGUACAAUGCUGGCGAGACCAAUGAAGUCGGCGCGCAGCUCAAGCCCUACAUCGGCCUCCCGGCACAGUACAUGGUCGACGGGCAGCCGCUCGUCAGCUCGUUCGCGGGCCACGACUUCGACUGGAAGGCCGCGAGCGCCGCCGUCGGCACCGAGCUGUACGCCGUCCCGAACUGGCUCCAGGACGGCGGCAACAACAUCCAAGGCGCGCCGGGUCUCGGCAGCGGCAGCCCGCCCGAGGAGGGCCUGUUCUCCUGGCACGUCUGGCCGGGGCAGCCGACCAACACGCCGAUCGGCGAGAAGCUCGGCACCGCGGCUGACGAGAAGUAUCGCACCUUCAUGGGUAACGGGACUUACAUGGCUGGCGUGUCGCCGUGGUUCUUCACCCACUUUGGCUCCGAGGUGCCAUACCCCAAGAACUGGAUGUUCAAGGGAGAGACCCUGUGGGUCGACCGCUGGAAGGACAUCCUCGCGCUCGGCGACAAGGUCAACAUGCUCGAGAUUGUUACGUGGAACGACUACGGCGAGUCGCACUAUGUUGGACCGCUUGACACCCCUUGGACCAGUGACGGCUCAGACUUGUGGGUCAAGGGCAUGCCGCACGACGCCAUGCUCGACCUCGCCCAGCCGUACAUCAAGGCCUUCAAGGCGGGUGCUUCCGAGCCUACUGUUGAGCAGGAGGGCCUUGUGUACUGGUACCGCCCCACUCUCAAGGACGUGAACUGCGACGCCACGGACAACACCGGCUCCAAGCCGAAGGGAUGGGAGUUUGUCAAGGACUCGGUCUUCGUCGCCGCCAUGACCAAGGCGGGCGGCACACUCAAGGUCACGUCGGGCAACAAGGCGCCCGUGUCCCUCGAGGCCAAGGGCGGCGUCGAGGUCUUCGAGGUGCCCAUGGGCGUGGGCGAGCAGUCCUUCGAGCUCACCACCGCGGGCGGCAGCACCAGCGGCAAGAGCAACCUCACCAUCACCGACCAGUGCUGGGAGAGCCGGCUCGGCAAGAUCUACAACUACAACUUCUACUCCGGCAUCCUCAACGUUGGAGCUUAGAGCUGUAGUGCACCAUAGACAUCUAAUCACGAUCUUACAAUGCGUGCUGGCAUGCAAUAUGAAUCCCC